AUGCAUGAAGUUCACCUGGAUUUUAUGACUCUGGAGAAAGAUUGUCCAGACUUUAUGACUAUUGGCAACAUGCUCAGUGGCAUUUAUUCGGGCCUACAACCUAAAAGGAAGACAUUAAUGGAGGACAACAUGGACAACGCCAAGACUGAGGAGUUGGUGAUCUCUGGGCCUUUCAAGCUUGGAAAGUGGUCCAAAGCUGAUUGGGGCAAUCAUAGCUGA